AUGCAGGCAGCGGAGGGUUCACCAGAUAUGAUGGAUCAAAAAUAUAAUAACGCCAGGCUAUCGCCAGCGGCAUCAAGUCGUAUACUUUAUCACGUGCCCUGCAAGGUUUGCCGGGAUCACAGCUCGGGCAAACAUUACGGCAUUUAUGCCUGCGACGGCUGUGCGGGUUUCUUCAAGCGCAGCAUACGCCGCUCCCGCCAGUAUGUGUGCAAAUCCCAGAAGCAGGGACUCUGCGUCGUGGACAAGACACAUCGCAAUCAGUGCCGCGCCUGUCGGCUGCGCAAAUGCUUCGAGGUGGGCAUGAACAAGGAUGCAGUGCAGCAUGAGCGCGGACCACGCAACUCUACGCUGCGUCGCCAUAUGGCCAUGUACAAGGAUGCCAUGAUGGGUGGCGCUGAGAUGCCGCAGAUACCGCCAGAGAUCUUGAUGAAUACAGCUGCGCUGACUGGUUUUCCCGGCAUGCCCAUGCCCAUACCCACCAGCGUGCAACGCGCCCAUCAUCAUGCCGCUCUAAGCGCCGCCUUCCAACAGCCACCGCCAGCUGCAGUGCUGGAUCUGUCCGUGCCACGCGUGCCACAUCAUCCGCAUCAUCAGUCGCAUCACGGCUUCUUCUCGCCCACUGCCGCCUACAUGAAUGCUCUGGCCACACGUGCUCUGCCGCCAACGCCGCCGCUCAUGGCCGCUGAGCAUAUUAAGGAAACUGCCGCCGAGCAUUUGUUCAAGAACGUCAACUGGAUCAAGAGCGUGCGCGCCUUCACCGAGCUGCCCAUGCCCGAUCAGCUGCUGCUGCUUGAGGAGUCCUGGAAGGAGUUCUUCAUUCUGGCCAUGGCUCAAUAUCUUAUGCCCAUGAACUUUGCCCAGCUGCUGUUUGUCUACGAGGCGGAGAACAGCAAUCGCGAGAUUGUCAAUGUUGUUUCACGCGAGGUGCACGCCUUCCAGGAUGUGCUCAACCAGCUGUGUCAUCUCAAUGUGGACAGCACAGAGUACGAGUGCCUGCGCGCCAUUUCGCUGUUCCGCAAGUCACCGCCUGCCGCCAGCUCCACCGAGGAUUUGGCCAACAGCUCCAUACUCACGGGCAGCGGCAGUCCCAACUCCAGCGCCUCGGCCGAGUCGCGCGGUCUGCUCGAAUGCAGCAAAGUGGCCGCCAUGCAUAAUGAUGCACGCAAUGCGUUGCAUAAUUAUAUCUCGCGCACGCAUCCCAACCAGCCGCUGCGCUUCCAGACGCUGCUCGGCGUCGUUUCGCUGAUGCACAAGGUGUCCAGCUUCACCAUCGAGGAGCUGUUCUUCCGCAAGACCAUCGGCGACAUUACCAUUGUGCGCCUCAUCUCGGACAUGUACAGUCAGCGCAAGAUCUAAACCGAUCGCUGACUCUGACUCCCAU